AUGUCUCGGCUGGUGAAAGAUGCGCUGGCAGGAGGGGAGAGCGACCGGUUCCUGUCAGCGCGGUGCCAGCACGACGACAUUCUGCUGUUCGUGGGCGUGGCUGCGGCCAUCAGCGCGUGGCGCCCCGCCACUGCUGCUGUGAUCCUCCUGCGCGUGCUCGACCGCAUCGCCUUCUUUGAACGCCUCUUAGAGCAGCAGCAGGAGCAGCAGGAGCUGCAGCAGCAUAGGGGAGGUAGGGGGACUCCGACGAGAGGGAGCGGUGUGGCGACGCCAACCAGAGGGGGUGGGAGUACACCCACCAGAGGGUCUACACCGACCAGAGGGGGUAUGGGUGCGUUCAGCAGUACGCCUUUGAGUAGCACGCCCUCCUCCCCCACUUAUGGCUUGCGUCCCUGGACCACCCCUAUCCAUGCUUCUGGCGCCGCUGCUGCUGAUACCAGUAUUUGCAUCAGUAUCAGCAGCACUGGGAGUCACAUAGCUCCAGGUGCAGCCUCCCCCUGUUCCACCUCCCCUCAGAAUGUGUCCGUUCUUCUGGGCGGCAAGAGGGCGGGCGCGAACCUGCCUGCGUGCCGCUCGUUUGUCGUGUCGUGCCUGCUGGCGAUUUUGUCCUCUUGCGAGGACCGGGCGGCAGCAGCCAUGGCGGCCGCGACGCCAGCGGUGCAGCGGCUGCUGAUGUGGCAGGAGGCGAUCGCUCUGGCUGAAGGCCUAGCCGCGGCCAAGCACUCGAGCCUGGAGGAGCGGUGCGAGGAGCAGGACCGGCUGUACCUGCAUCUCAGCCUCGGCCCGGGCCUGCUUGCUAUGACGCUGUCGGCAGCCAUGCGGGACCUGCCGAACCUGCAUCCGGACGAUACCAUGGCUGUAGCUUCGGCAGUGGAAGGUAUGGGCGUGGAGGAGGCAGCAUUUCAUGCGGGGUUGCGGGCGGUGGCGAGUGGGAGGCUGGGUGCAGAGGGGUUUGAUGCGGUUGUGCGGAUGGUGUUUGUGGGGCGUGGGGUGCAGUCUGUGGCGAUGAGGUUUGCUAAACUGACUGCUGCGGUGAAAUCGGUGCGGUUUCUGGGCGGCGGGAGCGGGGCGGCGAGCGCGCCGCCCGGAGGAGCUGCGGGGGCGGGGAUGCUCGGACUGGGCGGCAGUGCGGCUGGCAGCGUGGGUGGCAGUGCGGGCGGCAGUGCAACCGGCAGCGUGACUGUAGUAGGCGCGCCGGAGAGAGCAGCAACAUCCUGGGGGAGAGCCGGGGGGGUUUCUGCUUCUGCUAAAGAGUCUUGCCCUGCCAGUGGCAAGGCUAGUAGUGGAGGUGGGGGGGCGUUGGGAGGUGUCCUCUCUCUCUUCGGAUCUCAGAAACAGCGGCCCAGCACCAGCUAUGUCAGCACAGGAGCUUCUAGCUUCGGUGCCGGAGCUGCCGGCAGCCUCGGCGUGUACCAAACCUCCAGCCACGGCAACGGCGGCACCGCCGGGCCUCAGGCCAGUCCUAGGACCCCCAGAGGCCCUUUCACGGGCAGCAGGGGCGGGGCUGGGGCAGUGGAGGACGACGUUUUGUCCCAGGAAGGAGGGCUCGGCCCGGGCAGCGAAAUUUCUGUCAGCAGUGUUGGUGCCCGUAGCGCUUCUGCUUCUGCCGCUGGUGCUGCUGCAGCUAGUGGUGGUGGUGGUUUCGCAAGUGCUAUUGCUGCAGCCCUCACCAGCACUGCCAGCAUCUACAGCGGUGGCGGCGGCGGCGGUAACCGCGGUAACAACGGUAACGGGUUCGGGUGGGGUAAUGGGAGCAACUGGGGGGGCGGCAGUAACUGGGGCGGCGGCAGCAACUGGGCCGGCGGGACGAAUGGCGCGCUGACACCUGGCAACGGGGGUGAGGAGAUGAGGAAGCAGCACGCGUGGGCGUAUGAGGUGCUGCUGAACUUCCUCCGCAUCAACAGCCGGGGGGCGGCCAUGGAAGAGAGGGAGCUGGACCUGUGUGCUCGGGUGGUGCUCAACAAGUGGCUCGGCGAGGGCUCCGAGGCUGACCGCGAGGCUCGGGCAAUGGCUCGGGUGGAGAGGAUGGGCAAUCCAGGGUCGGAGGUGGGGUGGCCCAUGUGGCUGCGCAUUGGACGGCUGGUGGAGAGCGAGAUGAAGCACAUGCCGCGUCUCAUGGAGGUCAUGCACGCCCUGUCGAUAUGGCUCAACUAUGAUAAACUAGAGGAGGAUGGGUCAUGCACGGACGCCACAGCAGGGGAGGUGUUGGACUGGGGCAUGCACGGGCUGCUACAUGUGCUGCCAGAGAGCUCCCCUGCGCAGACUCUGCUUGACUUGCUUGACCCGGAGGACGAUGACUGGGUUGACCUGUCCCUGGCUGUGGUGGCAAGGAUCGCAGCCUGCCCCAGCGUGCACUGGCCCGUCAAAGGGGGAUCGGCACUUUUUGUUGCUAAACUACUCACCCUUGUGGAGGACUGCGCGGAGAUGACUCGCGAUCAGCAGAGCCGCGCCGUGCAGGUGGCGGUGCAGCUGUGGGGGUGGGCCAUGCCCAAGCGCGAGCAGCUGCUGGAGCAGUGCGAGACCGAGGAGGAGGUGAUGGAGGUUCUCGACCGCUCAGCUGCUGCCACGUGGCGCUCUGUUGCUUUGGGAGCUAUGGCUGCUGUGCUGGGCUGA